AUGCCACCCAAACGAGUCGCACUAGUAACAAGCAGCACUCGCCGCCCAAGACUAAACCCAACAAUAACGCAAUACGUCCACGACACUCUAGCGGCAGACCCAACAAUCCCAACCAAACACACACACGACAGCACAAUCGACACCGAUCCGCGCCACAUAACCCUCGACAUAAUCGACCUCGCCGCGCAAUCCCUGCCGCUAUACGACGAAUCCGUCAUCCCAGCCAGCCUGCCAGCCACAGACCCAACACCGCACUACAGCAAAGCCCACACGCGCGCCUGGUCCGCUCUCGUCCGGCAAUAUGACGCCUUCAUCUUCGUGACGCCGCAGUAUAACUGGAGCAUACCCGCCAGCUUGAAGAACGCGCUCGAUUACCUGUUCCAUGAGUGGGUGGGCAAGCCGGCUGCGAUUGUCUCUUAUGGGUCGCGUGGUGGGGGCAAGGCGGCAGAGCAUUUGAGAGGUGUGCUUACCGGGUUGAGGAUGAGGGUUGUGGGGACGGCGCCUGGGUUGGUGGUUCGGUUUACGGGGUUGCCGGUGGGCACUUUGAGUGAGGUUGAGGAGGGGGUUUGUGUUGAUCAACGGGAUUUGGAGGGGUGGAGGGAGGCUGGGGUGGAGGGGAUGAUGAGGAAUUUGGGGAUGGAGUUAGUUUGUGAGUUGGAUAAAUAG